UUGGGCUGUGGUUCCUGAAGCUUCUGGCUAUCAAGGCAGUUUCUGACAUUGCUGACACUGAUUACUAAAAGGGAGCUUGAGAAGCAAUGCACAUCUUAAAGGUGCCAGCUGCUCUCCUCAUCCUCUCUGUGGCACUAAACCACUUGAAAGCUACACCUGUCAGAAGUGGUACCAACCAUCUGAUGGACAAACGGAAGUGCAACACAGCCACAUGUGCCACACAACGCCUGGCAAACUUUUUGGUCCGUUCGAGCAACAACCUUGGUCCUGUCCUCCCACCAACCAACGUGGGAUCAAACACAUAUGGCAAGAGGAAUGCAGCAGAGAUUCCAAACAGGGAAUCUUUGGAUUUCUUACUCCUUUAGAGUCAACAUUCUUCUUCAUCUCUUGUUACUUUAUGUGUAAAUGCUCUGGUAAUUUCAUUAGAAAUUUAACAGUGCCUUUUUCAUUUCCACUAUGAAUGCAAGAUGAUGUGUCCCAUCCUUUCUGGCCGUGUGUGUAAAUCCUUAUUCUAAGAACUGUUUUAGGACUGAUCAAGGUCAGGCUGAAGACAGUGUCUCUUCACACAUGUUCUUGAAAUACUUAAAGUUUCUUUUCUUACCUUGUAACUUUAUGAUUCAAGUUCAACAAUAAAGGAGACCAUAGGAGCAUGAAACCUGACAAGUUAUUAACUGCUAAUAGCAAAGUUCUGAUUCUGGACAAUGGAAAAGCAAGUAUUCUAGGUACCUGUUCAGAUGCCAUUUCAAAAUAAAUUAGCAAAAUUGUUGCAGUAUAUUUGAUCACACUGUGAACCCCAAGAUUGUGUUACUUACUGGGAAAAUCUGUUUCUAGUGGUAGUGUGGCUCAGCCCUAGCACACACACCUUUAAUCUAAGAGCUUUCUAGUUACUGUAAACAGGAUUAAAUAAAGUCAGCCAUAGGUCAAGAGAUGGAGCAAGCAGCCUGGUGACAGGACGUGAACAUAAGAAAAAAAUAGAGAAUAAGAGGGAGUCAUAAA